GCCUCGUUAUCAGAAUAUCCUUCUCUGAAGAAAAAUGGUGCACUGGCGGGAAGAGCUAGAAACAUAAUACUGGCUGGGAUACAUUGAUGCUUCGUAAACGAUCAGAGAUUCAUGAAAUUUCGUGAUAACAUUAAAUUUAUGUUUGGAGCUAACCAUGGAAAUGAAAGAUGAACCUCCUGAAAUAAACAAGGAUACGAGCCAGGAAGAUAUUGAAAACAGCCCUGAAGAUUCAGACAAGGAUAGAAAAUCAGUUGCCAUAAACAAAGAACUGCAGCAACUUGCUUUCAUAAACCCUGGUCGCCUCACUGUAACUGCUGGAUUUAAUCCAGAAUUCAGUAACAGGGAAAAAAGAAAGUUGAGCAGAUUGAUGGAACAACAAAAUGGGAAAAGUGAAGCAGGGAAAGGAUUGUGUGGUCUAAAACCUAAAAGGCUGGCAUUACAUAACAGCUCUGGUUGCUUAGAAAUUGAUGGUCGCGAUCUUUGUGACUGUCAAGAUCCCAACUGCCCUGGCUGUCAUUACUCCUGUCCUCAGUGUGGUUCUGAAAAAUGUGGCUCAUCAUGUAGAUGCAGUAGAAGGUGGAGUUAUGAUCAUGUUGAUGUUUACAAUGAAGGAACUUUGAUGAGGUAAAACCCUUUGUAUGCUACUUCAGUAGUUUUUGUAUUAAAUACAACAGGUAGGUGCCAGAUUAGAUUGCCAAGAUUGAUUUUUAUUCCAACCAACUUUCAGAAUAAGAACGGUCAAUACUUUAUGUCAUGAUCGUAAACCGCAAUGUUACCUUGGAUAAAAGUUUCCUUGUGAAUCAUCUUGACCACCCUUGUUCUUGUUAAACACAAAAUGCCAACUCCAUCUAACAUGCCUGCAUAAUUUAAAAGCAAAUUCUGCUCCCUGACACAUUUUUAUAACGCAAAAUUCAGUCACAUCACAGUUGGCAAAGAUUGCAUAAUCCAGUACUGGUAAAAGAGCUUGUGUGAAUAAAAUACAGCAUUUUCCAUUGCUUCUUUUUUGCAAGGACAUUAAGAGGACAUUGCAGUUAGGAGGUGUUAGCAGUUGACCUGUUCUUGAUUGAACUAGGCAGAGAUUCCUCUUCAGCCCUGUAACCCCACCUUCAUCUUUGGUCUGUGAUGACAAAAGGGUUUUAUUUUUUCAAAAAGACCAAUAAACUCUAUCAGAUCUUUACCUUAGCCCAGCCACAUAUAUCCAGAAAGGGAAAAAUGACUCACAAUAAUUUUGAAAUGUAGAUGUAGUAAAAUGAUUUUAUAUUUCAUACAGAUUAUCUAGCUAUAAUCUGGUCAUAGAAAUUAUUUUAAAAAUAAAAUAAACAUUUUAUUAACAAAUCAAUUUCUCUCUCUGUUUCUUGGAAAAUUUUUGUAGAAUAUUAUUUUGAUUUUUG